CAGACCCGCCCGGCGACCCGGAAGAGCCGCUGCGGUCAGGAUGGGCCGGAAGGUGACCGUGGCCACCUGCGCGCUCAACCAAUGGGCCCUGGACUUCGAGGGCAAUUUGCAGAGGAUUUUAAAGAGUAUCGACAUUGCCAAACGCAAAGGAGCGAGAUACAGGCUGGGACCGGAACUGGAAAUAUGUGGCUACGGGUGUUGGGAUCAUCACUACGAGUCAGACACCCUCUUGCAUUCGCUCCAAGUCCUGGCCGCCCUUCUCGAAUCUCCGGUCACUCGGGAUAUCAUCUGUGACGUGGGAAUGCCUGUCAUGCACAAAAAUGUCCGCUACAACUGCAGGGUGAUAUUUCUCAAUGGGAAGAUCCUGCUCAUCAGACCCAAAAUGGCCUUGGCCAAUGAGGGCAACUACCGGGAGCUGCGCUGGUUCACCCCGUGGUCCCGGAGCCGGCAGACAGAGGAGUAUUUUCUCCCCCGGAUGAUACAGGAUGUGACGAAGCAGGAGACCGUGCCCUUUGGGGACGCAGUGCUGGCCACCCGGGACACCUGCAUCGGGAGUGAGAUCUGUGAGGAGCUCUGGACGCCCCACAGCCCACACGUGGACAUGGGCCUGGACGGCGUGGAGAUCUUCACCAAUGCCUCGGGCAGCCACCACGUGCUGCGCAAAGCCCACACCAGGGUUGAUCUGGUGACCAUGGCCACCGCCAAGAAUGGUGGGAUCUACUUGCUGGCCAACCAGAAGGGCUGUGACGGGGACCGGCUCUACUACGACGGCUGCGCCCUGAUCGCCAUGAAUGGCUGCAUUUUCGCACAGGGGUCCCAGUUCUCCCUGGACGACGUGGAGGUCCUCGCCGCCACGUUGGACUUGGAGGACGUUCGAAGCUACAGGGCGGAGAUUUCAUCUCGAAACCUGGCGGCCAGCAAGGUGAGCCCCUACCCCCGUGUGAAGGUGGACUUCGCCCUCUCGUGCCGCGAGGACCUGCUGGAGCCACCGUCGGAGCCCAUCGAGUGGACGUACCAUAGUCCCGAGGAGGAGAUCAGCCUCGGACCCGCGUGCUGGCUCUGGGACUUUCUGAGACGCAGCCGGCAGGCCGGGUUCUUCUUGCCCCUGAGUGGUGGGGUGGACAGCGCGGCCACCGCCUGCCUCGUCUAUUCCAUGUGCCGCGAGGUCUGCGAGGCCGUGAAGCAGGGAAACCAGGAAGUGCUGGCUGAUGUCCGGACCAUCGUGGACGAGCUCAGCUACACCCCCCAGGACCCCCGGGACCUCUGCGGGCGCGUGCUGACCACCUGCUACAUGGCCAGCGAGAACUCAUCUCAGGAGACGUGUGGCAGAGCCAGGGAGCUGGCCCAGCAGAUCGGCAGCCACCACAUCGGUCUCAACAUCGAGCCCGCAGUGACGGCCGUCGUGGGCAUCUUUAGCCUGGUGACAGGUCGAAGGCCUCUGUUCGCGGCUCACGGGGGGAGCAGCAGGGAGAACCUGGCCCUGCAGAACGUGCAGGCUCGGCUAAGGAUGGUCGUGGCGUAUCUGUUUGCUCAGCUGAGCCUCUGGGCCCGGGGCGCUCGUGGAGGACUGCUCGUGCUCGGAUCGGCCAACGUUGACGAGAGCCUCCUUGGCUACCUGACCAAGUACGACUGCUCCAGUGCAGACGUCAACCCCAUUGGUGGUAUCAGCAAGACAGACCUGAAGGCCUUUGUCCAGUUCUGCGUGGAACGCUUCCAGCUUCCCGCCCUGCAGGGCAUCCUGGCAGCACCGGCCACCGCAGAGCUGGAGCCCUUGACUAACGGCCAGGUGUCCCAGACGGACGAGCUGGCCUGCGAUCCAGGAGGGGCAGUCGGGCCAUCGGCAGUGGGGCGCCGCUUCCGUGGCUGUGGGCCGUCGCAGAGUGUUGCAACUGACCGUCCUACUGCCAGCGCCUGCGGCCACCGAGACUCACCUGUGCUCCUCCCGAGAGUUUGUCGUGUGACUCGCAUUUUGAAUCCGUGACCUUGUUGGUUUGUCUCAGUGUGUGGUGUGAGGAAGGGAUCACACUUGCCCGUCUGGCACCCGGCGCUGUUUGCUGCUGGGACGGUCUUGCUCCCACAAGCGUCUCCGCAUCCGGGUGGAAAUCAGGGGUCUGUGUGCGGAUCUAGUUCCAGACUCCGCCAACCCGCGGGUCCGUCCCCCCCAGGGCCGCAUCCCCUGGGCCACCGCAGCUUGGUAGGAAGUUCUGACGUCGGCAAGUGGGAGUCCUCCCGUUUCGUCCCUCUCUUUCAACAUAUUCCAGCUGCUCUGGCCCCCUGGACGCCCGUUUGAGUGUCGUCUUCUGCCGCACACACGGCGCCAGCUUGGGUCUCCACGGCAGGUGUGCCGAGAGCACAGCUGGGCUUGGCGGGUGUCGCCCCCAGAGAACACGGCCUCUGAGGCCUGGUGUGGCGUCUCCCUCCUCACUCUGGGCUUCUUAUGGCCUCAAGGUCUUGCAGUUUUCAGAGCGUGAACCUGCACUUGUUUCGUUAUUCGUUUCUAAGCACGUUUUCUCCUUUGCCCUCCCUUGAACGGAAUUGUUUUCCGGGUUUCCUGAGCCGCUGGCUUGUCUCCAGUGUCGGGAAGCACCUGACGUCCUGCAGCCCCUUUCCAUCUUCUCUUUCUCGUCUCCCACCGUGUGCUUGACAGUCAGCUCACGCUUCUCCCCGUGGGGCACGACGAGCGAAGUGAGGGCUUCUCUCUGAAUAAAUCCUCCCUUACAGACGUGCCCCUGCGCCCCAGAUGCCGUGCUAUUCCUCGUUGUCAUUUUCGUGCACCUCCGGGCAAGAUCUGACUUCCCCCGUGAUUUCUUCUCACCUGUUGGCUACUUGAGAGUAUGCAGUUGGAAUCCCGCGUAUUUGGGGGUUUCUGAACUUUCCGUGUGUCCCCAAGUCUGUCGCCCUUUUCCUUUACGGUUGGGAGCAGGCUUUUCCAGUGUUCUGAAAUUCAUAGAGGCCGGUUUUAUGGCCUGGCAUCUGGUCUGUCCUGGAGAACGUCCCGUGUGCCUCGAGGAGAACGUGUGCUCUGUGGUCGUGGGCAGAAUGUUCUAGAGAGGUUGCUUAGGGCUCAUUCGUUUGUAGGGUUGGAGUUUUCCAUCCCCUUGUCGGUUUUCUGGUUCAGUUCUGUGCCUCACUGAAAAGGGUGUUAAAGCUUCCAAGUGCUACUGUUGAAUCUAGAGAAUUCAAGUGUCGCGCUGGCAAACAUUCACGUAGAAGCGGGCGCUGAAGGAGGUCCCUGACGGGACCCGCUGGGCCCUGGAGCUCAGCAUUGAGCUAGCUGGUCCUGCCAUCUGUGUGAGUCUCCGGGACAGAUGAGUGGGAGGUAACCAUAAGAGCCCCAGGUGUCUCCUGGUAUUGCCCACACAUGGACCUGGGUGCCCCGAAGGUGACUGUGUCCCUCUGAUGGGGGCAGGACAGGCCUCCCCAAGGAAGUGACAUUGGAGCUGAGGCCUGAGGAAGACUAGGUGGGCGGUGGGGAGCAGGAAGGAGGGCCUGGUCACUGGGGGUCCUGCAGACCCUGGAUGGAGGUGAGGGCUGUCCUGCUGUUCCCCGGAAAGGCCAGUGCCACCGUCGGUCGGUCUGUCGUUAGCUCUGGUUGCAUAUUCUGGGGCACAGUGGGAGUUGAGAGGGGAUUAGAGCAAAUACUCGGAAAUGCAAGAGGGGUUUAUGUGAGCCUCCGUGUGAGGCUGGCUCUUUCAUACCAUGCUAGGGACGUCUCAUGGCCGGCAUGACCCAGGAGUCUGUGCUGAGCCAUCCAUCCUUAGGGACAGCAGGAUCCCUGAGGCAGGGCGCAGGGCUGGUCUGUCGGGCUGCCCCGCCUGACCUUGGUCCUGGCAUCAGCCUCCUGGGGAUGCUGGAGCCAAACCCCCAGGCCAGCAGCUUAAACGACGGACCGCUACCCUCUCGUUGUGCUGGAGGCCGAAAUCAGGUCAUCUGCAGGCCCUGCUCCCUGCCAGGACACUCCAAGGGGGGUCCUUCGUCCAGCUCCCAGGGCUUCCUGGGCUGCGACCACAUCCCCCAUCCUGUCUUCAUGCAGCUUCUCCCCAUGCGUCCCGUUCCAUCUCGUACAAAAGCUCCCUACGUCCAGGGCCAGCUCAUCUCCAGCUCCUUCACUCCGUUACAUCUAUAAAAACCUUUAUUUUCCCAAAUAAACCCACAGUUUGUAGGUUCUGGGGCUUGAAGCGUGGACAGACCUCAGUCCCCCAGCCCUCAGAACCAGGCCAGUCCUUUUUCCAAAUGCCAGCUCCAUGGCACCGGGUGGUGAGGGGGAGUGAGACCUCACGUCUGCUCCUGGCCUUGUGGGGACCCGCCCCCCCCCGGCCCCAGGCCCACCGGCCGCGGGAACCCCAAGCUCGCCUCCAGCACCAGCC